AUGAAUACAAUCAAUGAAUUGAAUGAACAGUUACUCGUGAUGAAAGACCGAUGUGAAGAACUUGCUGCUGAAAAACAAUUUUUGUCAAUUGAACUCGAAAAACGAUGUGUUGAGAUCGACCGGGAACAUUCUAAACAAACUAUUGAAAAAGUACCAUCAAAUAUAUUAAGACAACCAUUCAAAGAGGUUCCUAUUCAUACGACUGGUGUAAAUGUUGAAGAUGAAAGAAAAGAACUUGAACAACUUCGAGAAAGUGUUACUCUUCUGACAAGUCAAUGUGCUCAGCUUGAUGAAGCAAAUCGCGCUUGGCAACAAUAUCAUCAAACACAGUUGAAUAGUUUCCGAAAUAUACUUCAUCAUCAUUUGCCCAUAGAUGAACGCUUCACAUUGGAUCAAGCUGCCGAACACAUUCUUCAUCAAGUUACAAAAGAAAGAGAAAAUUUUACUCAACGAUAUCAAGCAUUGGAGAAAGUCAAUGAUGAUGUUCGAUUAGAAUCAGCAACUAAUUUGGAAACCAUCAAAGAAUCAUAUAUUAAUACCAUUGAUGAAUUAAAUAAAGAAUUACUUACUAUGAAGGAACAAUGUGAGAUACUCAUGGCUGAAAAACAAGCUUUAUCAAAUGAACUUGGAAAGAAAUCUGUUGAAUUCAACAUAGAGCAAAAGAAAAAAAUAAUUGAGUCAGAACCAAUCGAUUUAUUACAAGAAAUUCCUUUACAAACAAGCUCUUCUAACUUCGAACAAGAAAAUGAAGAACUUCAACAAUUACGCGAAAACUUUGCUAUUCUUACCUCCCAAUAUGCUCAAUCAAAUGAAGCUAAUCGUGCUUGGCAAGAGUUCCAUCAAUCUCAAGUAGAUAAUUUCCGUAGUCAAAUACAAGAUUUCAUACAAAUCGAUAACGAUUUAUCAUUUGAACAUGUUGCACAAAAAAUCAUUGAUCAAAUAACUAAAGAACGAGAAUCGUUCAAUGAACGAUAUGAAAUAUUAGAAAAAGCACAUACGGAUCUUCAAUCAGAAACAUUAGACUCAAAUCUUCUCGAACAACAAACUAAAAUGUCUGAACUUCAAGAAAAUCUUAUUUCACUAAGAACUCAACUUGACGAAACUAAUCAUUCACGACAACAAUUUGAACAAACACAAUUUAAUUUAUUUAAAAAUGUUUUACCAGAUUCAACUAAAAUGUCACUUGAAGAGCUCAUACAAGAAAUUAUUUUAUAUAUAAAUCAUUUAACAAAAGAAAUUGAUUUAUAUAAAGAAUUAGAAAAUAAUACAAUUGAACAAGAACUUAUGGUAUUACAAAAUCAAUGUACAGAAUUAGAUGCAGCUAAUCGUGCAUGGCAAUUAUUUUUUGAUAAUCAAAUUAAUUUAUUAAAAGAUAGAUUAAAAGAUUAUAUUCAUUUUGAUAACAAUGAAAAUUUUGAUCAAAUUAUUCAAUUGAUUGUUAUAAAAUUUCAACAACAAAAACAAUUCAAUGAAAAUAUUUCAUUAGACACAACAAAAGAUGAUCUUGAUUUAUUAAAAAAACAAAUAAAUAACUAUCAAGACAAUGAACAAUCACUUAAUGAACAAAUUUUAAGUCUUGAAGAAGAAUGUCAAAAACUUGAACAACAAUUAAAAGAAAAUCAAUAUUCAAUUGAUUCAUUAAAAACUAAUUUACAAUUAACAUUAAAUGAAAAUGAACAACUUAAGCAACAAUAUGAUGAAUUACAACAAAAAAAUAAUAUACUUAUUAAUAUGAAUCAUAAUUUAAUAAAUCAAUUAAAUGAAUAUGAACAACAAUCAUCUCAUUUUGAUCCUCAAGAUACUUCAAAACAAAUGAUUCAAAAAGAAAUUCGUCAUACACCAAUUCAAGAAGUUCAAAUUCAUAGAAUAACUCCUAUUCAAUCAACAUAUUCUCCAAAUAUUGAAGAAGAACUUCGUCAAUUACGAACAGAUCUUACAGCAUCAUCAGCUCAUUGUUUACAAUUAGAAGAAGCAAAUCGUGCUUGGCAACAAUUUCAUCAAAAUCAACUUGAACUAUUUCGUCAUAAAUUACAAGAUUCAAUUCCAUUAGAUGAUAAUUUUACACUUGAACAAAUAGCACAACAAAUUUUUAUUCAUCUUCAACAAUUACAAAAUAAUAAAGAUAAUACGAAUCAAUUAGACGCAAAUUCAACAAUUGAUUCUGUACAGCAACAAUUAACUAAAUCUCAAUUAAAUGAAAGCAUACUUUCUGAAAAUCUUGAACAAUUAAACCAAAAAUUACUUGAUGUUUAUCAAGAAUGUGAAGAAUUUCGUGAACAUAAUGCACAAUUAAUAUUAUCUAAACAACAACUUGAACAGCAGUUACAAGAACAACAACAACAACAAAUUGAUGAACUUCAAUUAUCAAAUUCUAAUGCAGAAAAAUUCUAUGAUCUUGGACAACAUAAUGAAUCACUUCGUUUAGAAAAUCAACAAUUACAAUUUAAAUUAAAUGAUAUGGAACAACGAUUAAAUCAAUUAUCAGUUAAUUCAACUAUUCACCGUGUUGAGUCGCCAAGAGAGAAUGUUGGUAUUCAUAGUAUUGAUCGUGAACGUGAAAACGAAAUUCAUCAAUUACGUACAGAUUUAGCAGUGGCAUCAGCCCGUUGUUUUGAAUUAGAAGAAGCAAAUACUGCUUGGAGAAAUUAUCAAUAUGAACAAAUAGAAUCUUUAAGAAAAAAACUUCAAGAACUAAUACCAUCAUUAAAUCUCAUUGAAAAUUCAUCAUUAGAUAUU